GGAGAAAAAGCCACAAAAUGUAGACUCCCUCAGCAAGCCAUGCAGCAAUCUGAAGCAGCCGUUCUGAGCCGUCGUUCUCCUGCUGGACGGCGGUGGUGUAUUUCGGGCGAUCCGCGCGUCACAUGUGCGGCUUCAAUUUGGAGUUCCUUUCGUGGGUUGCGGGCGGUUGUGAAGGCCUCGUUUGGGAGUCCAAUGCCCCAGAAAACGGCUUUUGCGUGCAAAAUUGGGUCUUGGGGUCGAGAUCUGAGGGAGGGCUUGUUUGAAAAACCGGCGCGGCGGUUGGUGCAGCAGAGCAGAGGCGGAGAUGUCCCGCUGACGGUGGCCAUCGUUUCUGAGAAAUGAAAAGUCACCGCGUGGCCUGCCUCUCGGCGCCAAAUUAACGAUUUUGUUUGCUUUACGUAAAUUCGAGUAUGAAACAGGGAUAAAGUUGUCCAUUAGAAAACCACUUUUAAAUUGGAGAUACGGCGUCGUAUACCGAAAGGGAGCUCAUUAUUAUCGUUUUCAUUUCAAAUCGAGAGCCAAAAGUUUUCGAGUCUCUGAGAAGCUUCUUCUUCCCGCCAUUUCCCGUAGAGUUUCCGAUACUCCGGCCGGAGCCGUAGAGUUUCCGAUCAAUGGCUCCCAAAUUCGAAAACCCAGAAGCAAUCGUCCUCAACUACCUGAACGAGCAAAAUAGGCCGCUGAAUUCUCAAAAUGUGGCAGAUGCGUUGCAGAAGUUCAACCUCAAGAAGGCGGCCAUACAGAAGGCGCUGGACACUCUUGCGGAUAAUGGCAAGAUUUCGUUCAAGGAGUAUGGCAAGCAGAAGAUCUACCUGGCUCGGCAGGACCAGUUCGACAUUCCUAACAGCGAGGAGCUUACCCGAAUGAAGCAAGAGAAUGAGAAACUGCAGGAACAGCUGGGUGAACAAAAGAGAGCAAUUAGCGAGGUUGAGGGAGAAAUAAAAACAUUGCAGUCACAUUUGACUCUGGAGCAAAUAAGGGACAAAGAAGCGAAACUGAGAAAGGAGGUCAAUGAAAUGGAGGACAGGUUGGAAAAAUUGCGCGGAGGAGUUACGUUGGUCAAGCCAGAAGACCGCAAGGCGGUUGAGCAAAUGGUCUCCGAGAAAGUCAGCCAGUGGAGAAAGCGUCGAAGGAUGUUCAAAGAUCUGUGGGAUGCUAUUACUGAGAACUCACCGAAAGAUGUCAAGGAAUUUAAGGAGGAGCUCGGGAUCGACUAUGAUGAAGAUGUUGGUGUGAGCUUGCAGUCAUUUAGGGAUCUGUGCAGUAACAAGAGGCCUAGACUCCGUUGAGUUUUUCAGAUGAUGUCAUGCAUUAGUCAAAUGUUCAGAAAUUAGUUUCAUGGUGUUUAAAACUUGGCUUAUGUAUCCGUUGAUUAGUUGUAUCAAACAAAUUUCAAUAGAUAUUACUGGAAGUACUCACGAUCAAAAAUAAUCAAACACGUUUACAGUUCCCGAAAACAAAAAAA